AUGGCAUACCGUUGCCCUCUGCCCUCGCCUAUCUGCCUUCAAGCCGAGGCUAAUAUUUGCCAUUCGUGCAACUUCACAGCGCCGCUAAUCUGGCUACACUCGGAGGACCCGUUCCGCCCGGCAGACCUGCUCCAACACAUCCGUCACACGACGCCCACGGUCAACCAAGUGCCCGUCUCUGGCCUGCCACAUCUCCAUCUGAACAACCUCGCCCUACUGAACAACGUGAGCAGCGGCCAGGUUGCCUUGACCUCCAAUGACGAUGUCACAGCUUUGCCCGACUGGCUGUUCGGGGAGCCGCCAGAUGCCUCGGGCAGGAUUGUGAAUGCUACACCCUGUGUUGUGAUUCUAGUUGAACAGAGCCCCCGAGAUGUCGAUGCUUUCUUCUUCUACUUCUACUCGUACGACCGAGGCGCAAACAUCACGCAGGUACUGGAGCCGCUUAACCGCUUGAUAGAGGAUACAGAGCACGGGAUGCAUUUCGGAGACCACGUUGGAGAUUGGGAACAUAACAUGAUCCGUUUCCGUGAUGGAAAGCCGAAUGGCAUCUACUACAGUCAGCACUCGGGCGGUGCUGCGUAUGACUGGGAUCACGAGCAGCUUUCCAUGAAGGACGGACGGCCUCUUGUCUUUAGCGCAUACGGCUCCCACGCAAACUAUGCCUCAUCCGGAGAUCAUGUUCAUGACACAGUAUUGGUGGAUUACUGCAACGCCGGCCAACUCUGGGACCCAACUCUUUCAGCGUAUUUUUAUCACCUCGAACCUACCAAUUUCACCCUGACGCGCCUUUUCCCUGCUCCGCCCAGCCUCCCCGCCCCUGCCGACCUCACCUCAUUCUUCUACUAUACUGGAAUCUGGGGUGAUGCCCAAUAUCCAGAUGACCAUCCCCAGCAGAAGACCGUGCCAUACUUUGGCCUGAAACGAUUCGUGUCUGGGCCACAGGGCCCGAUCGCGAAGCAACUUGUGCGGAAAGGACUGUUCCCCGACCAACGAGCGAGGAAGCCGUGGUUACAAUGGGUUGUCGGUGUCUUCAUGUCAUGGUACCCUUGCUGUAUACGUGGAUGGAGGAAAUGGGUGUCCAUGACAGUCGUUGUAGGGUCUGCGAUAUUUUUGGCAUUUGGAGUGAAGCACACGGUGAAAAGUUAUAGAAAGAAAGGAUACAAAAGGAUAGAGACGGACAUACCGUUAGAAGACUUGGUCCACAGAGAAAGAAUAUAG